UAUAGCACUAUCCUAUUCCUCACCCUCCACUUUCAACAAUGGCAUCUCUCUCAUCAAUUCUCAUUCUCACCCUCUCUUUAACGGUGACAUUACUAAUCUCACCGGCGCACUCACAAAUCUGCGCAUCACAAAAACUCAACACCACCAACCAAUACGCCAACUGCAGUGACCUACCGACCCUCAACGCCACACUACACUACACCUACAACGCAUCAAACUCCUCUCUGUCAAUCGCUUUCACCGCAAAGCCGGCGAAGCCCGACGGAUGGGCAGCAUGGGGCGUUAACCUCAACGGAACGGGCAUGAUCGGCGGGCAAGCAUUAGUAGCAAUGAAAUCUAGCAGCGGUGCCGUGAUUGUCAAGAAAUUUAACCUAAAAUCAUACAGUGAGAUCCUCGAAACGACGACGCUUGGAGUUGAGGUUUGGGACGUGAGUGGAGAGUCCAUGAAUGGGGAUUAUGUGAUAUUUGCGAAGGUUAAAGUGCCGGAGAGUUUGGAGAAGAUGAACCAGAUUUGGCAGGUGGGUUCUUCUGUGAGUAAUGGGUUCCCUAAGAAGCAUGAAUUUGGUCCGUCUAAUUUGAAUUCUAAGGCUACGAUUAAUUUGGUUGCUGUUAAUAAAACUGGUACUACUACUGCUAAUAGUAAUAGCACUGGCUCUGGUUUUAGGGUUCAAGAAUUGAAAAAGGGUUAUCAAGUUGGAUUGCUGUUUGUUGUUGCUUUUUUUAUAAGUUUUUGGUGAUUUUGAGAUUCAGUUUUAGAUCAUUUUUAUUUUAUUUUUAAUACUGUUCUUGUUGUAGUUGAAAAAUUGAGAAUAAUUUAAUAAUUUAUUGCCAUGUUUUAGUGAA